CCUGAGGUAAUUAUACAUACCCCUGAGCGACCACCCAUGACAACUCCCAUAUUUCUUUACUUUCAGCUAGUCACUGCUUGCAAUCAAAUCCAGGAACAAUAAUUUCUUCUCCUUAUUUUUCCCUUUCUUUCGAAUAACCAUGGACUUCAAGCCCUUCUUUUUCCUGGCGUGCGUGGUGCCCUCGGCCCUGUCAUACCCCUUAAACCACACCGAACCCACAGAAACCUUCGUGCCAAACCCUACCGGCCGUGGUACUAUUGGUCUUCUCUACACCUGUGUUCUCACUCUGGCUCUCUGCAUCUGGACAGCAUUGCAUCCGGAUGUCGGCUUCUACAAAGACAAUUGGUUCUACGGGCCAGCCUACAAAGCGAUGUGGAUGUUUCUUGCGAUAGUACUCCCAGAGUUUGUCGUAUGCUGCGCCGUCUCCCAGUUUGUACAGGCCAAAGAUCUCCGCAGAGCAUGGGAAAGCCAUUGGCAGGACAAGGAAGAUGAGGACAAGGAAAAGUGGUUGGGCAUAUCCGGUGCCUUCCUCGUUGUUAUGGGGGGAUAUGAGAUCAGAUGCCCUACAACAUGUCACGGCAAUUCACCCGACUGUCCGAUGGCCGGCUUUGCGGGCACCGCAUUGGUUGACAAGAGCUUCCCACCUCGACCAGUCGAGCGCGCGACGACCGCGGGAUCUACGGCAAGCGAAGAAAAGUCUCUCAUUCAGAAACAACAGCUUCCCAGGGACGUCCGCCGCACUCUCACACCAGCGGGCUUGAAGAGAUUACUGGAACCGACGGAAGACGGCCUCUCCCUCAUGUCUAAACUGAUUCAAGAGGGUGUUCUGAACCACACCCACUUUGAUCCUUGCCGGAUCGAGGACAAGGGAAAAGCGAACUAUGUCGCCAAGCUGCUCACCACCGCACAGAUUCUCUGGAUGGUGGUGCAAUGGAUCGGCAGGACGGCCCAAGGGUUGCCCGUUACGCUGCUAGAGGUCCAUAUCUUGACCAAGAUUCCAUUCACCCUCGUAUCCUAUUUCUGCUGGUGGGACAAGCCACUUGAUCUCAAGAUCCCCAUAUCCCUCCCGAUCGGCCAUCGCCUGCAAGGUGCGGAAUGGACUCCUGGUGGUCCUGGCUUCAGCACUCACGACUCGAAUCCCUUGAGACAUGAGCAGCUUUUCCGGGAGCGCAGAAUUGCCAAAAGCCUCUUCGCUGCUAUAUUUCGUGGCUCCUACGACUUCGCUUGGGAUUUCGGCUAUCAAUCACUAGCCUGGUGUACCGCUAUGUUCACUCUCAACGGCGGACUUCACGCCACCGCGUGGCUCGCGCACUUCCCUACAGAGGUCGAGAGCAGGCUCUGGCGUGCGGCAUGUCUGGGUGUUGCCAUCUCACCUCUAAUCAUCACGACCCUGAUUUGGAAAAGGGAAUGCGAGUGCUUUCUGCUGCAACUGGCCUACCGCUUUUCGACGAGGGAUAUUUCCUCCACGUCACAGUGCGCUAAUGAGUUUGCUCUCCUGUGGCGCAUAACCGCGGGUUCUGCUGAAGGAGAAAACAGUUUCUCUGGUGCUGGGGUGAUGCGCCCCCCGCAGGGAUUCCCAAGGGCAUGGCCGCUUUGGUGCCGGCAUUUUGCGGUUGCUGUGGUAUUUGUCCUCGUAUGGAUAUAUAUGUUAUGCAACUUAUUCUUCAUGAUAGAGGCGUUCAUUAGCCUUCGCAACGUAGAGGCGUCUGCAUACAGGACAGUGGAGUGGGCGGACUACUUGCCUCAUUUCUGAAUGGGCCAGGGUACAACGCAAGUCUUACCCGCGGCUGAUGGAGUCGCUAAGAGAGGAGGGUAUCAUACAGGAAGCAUACAGGUACUAGGUAGAGGUAAUCCUUAAGUGAAAUUGUGUCGACUACGUGCAAUUAGCCGCAUCGAAUUUAC